AUGUCCAAGCCAGAGCCCAUAGCGAUUUGCGGCAUUGGUCUGCGGUUACCAGGCGGCAUCAAUACCCCAACCUCACUGUACAACUUCCUCAUCAACCGCAAAGAUGCGCGUUCCAAACCAGAUCACCCGCGAUACAGCUCGCAAAACCACCAGUUCACAGCGAGCGGGAAAUCGAAGCCUUUGCCGACCGAGGAAGGAUACUGGCUCUCACACGACGAUGUAUUCAAAUUCGACCCUUCACUGUUUUCUAUGAACCCCAAGGAGUUGCUGAAACUCGACCCCCAGCAGCGGCUGCUUCUACAAGUCGUUUGGGAGGCGCUGGAAAGUGCUGCAGAAACAGACUGGCAGGGCCAGAGGAUUGGGUGCUACGUGGGCAGUUUUGGAGAUGACUGGAGAGAAAUGCACGCCGUCGAUGCUCAAGACGACGGCAUGUAUCGCUUGACGGGGUACAUGGAUUUUGUACAGGCGAAUCGCAUUUCUCAUGCCUUUGAUCUCAGAGGUCCAAGCAUGACCGUCCGCACAGCAUGUUCAGCCGCGGGUCUAGCAGUCCACCUAGCCAGCCAGGCAAUCCGCGCGGGAGAGUGCGACUCAGCGAUCGUCGCCGGGGCAAAUCUAAUGCUCUCACCAGGCUUCACCAAGCUCAUGGCUGAGCAGAGCGUGCUCUCGCCCGAUGCUUCGUGCAAGACUUUCGACGCCAAAGCAAACGGCUAUGCUCGCGCAGAAGCCAUCAAUUGCAUCUUCAUCAAAAAGCUCGACUGCGCGAUCCGCGACGGGAACCCGAUUCGUGCUAUCAUCAGAGGAUCAGCAACGAACUCUGACGGGAGGACCCUUGGCCUGACUACACCAAGUGCACAGGCACAGCAGCAGCUGAUUCGUGAUGCAUAUCGGCACGCAGGUAUACCAGAGAACGAGAUGUGGCAAACUGCCAUGGUUGAAUGCCACGGCACCGGCACGGCUGUGGGCGAUACCAUUGAGGCGUGCACUGUUGGCACUAUAUUCGGGGACAAGGGAAUGCUUAUUGGAUCAAUUAAGCCCAACCUCGGCCAUUCUGAAGCAGCUUCGGCGAUAUCAAGCAUAAUCAAGGCAGUCGUAUCUCUGGAAACGAAAAACAUUAUACCUAAUAUCAAAUUCGAUACCCCCAGUGUCAGCAUUCCUUUCACAUCAACAGGCUUGAAGGUGCCAACAGAACCGCAGCCGUGGCCUGAAGGAAGGGCAGAAAGAAUAGGUGUCAAUAGCUUUGGAAUUGGAGGCACCAAUGUCCAUAUAAUCUUAGAAUCUGCUGCAUCAGUAGGAAGUUCGGCCACGGUCCGAAGCCACGGCAAUGUCGAGACGCCGCCUCCUUCACCACCUCUGAGAAGAGAGCCCGCGACCCUGCUACUAUUCUCCGCGGGACACGAAGAGUCCCUCAAGACAACCGUACACAAGUACCAGGAGUUCCUCCGAGCCAGCCCUGCAAAGUUGGAAGAUCUUUCAUACACGUUGAUGCAUCGUCGCUCUCACCUAGCGUACCGCACUUUUGCGGUCGUCACCGAUGACUGCGACCAAUUGGCUUUCACUCUUCCGCCAACACCUAGUUUCCGCCCAAGCUCUCAAAUUGACGGCAUCGCAUUCCUCUUUACCGGUCAAGGCGCUCAAUGGGCCCGGAUGGGUUUGCAUUUAAUGAAGAACGAGCUCAUGAGAUCAGAAUCCACCUCGCGCCUUGGAGAAGCAGAAUUUGCCCAGCCCAUUUGCACUGCAGUCCAGAUUGCCCUGACCAGGCACCUUGCCAGAUAUGGCAUUACCCCCAAGGCCGUUGUCGGCCAUUCCAGCGGUGAGAUUGCAGCUGCGUAUGCGGCCGGUGUGCUCACGCUGAAAGAAGCAAUCAUCGUCGCUUACUACCGCGGGUUCACGGUCAAGAAACUGAAAAUUCAAGGUUCCAUGGCGGCCAUUGGAUUGGGAAGAGAGCAAGUCACACCAUUUUUGACAACUGGAGUUGUCCUUGCCUGUGAAAACAGUAACUCUAGUGUGACUCUGUCCGGGGACUCGGAUGCCCUUGAGACAGUCUGCAGCGCAAUCAGGUCUGCUCGGCCAGAUGCGUUAGUUCGUCUGCUAAAAGUUGACAAGGCAUACCAUUCUCAUCACAUGCGUGCGGUUGGCAUUGCGUACCGAUCUCUUCUCAAGUCACACCUGACUCCCAACUCACCAAACGUCCCUUUCUACUCCAGCGUCUCGUCACAAAUCCUCGAACGAGGCUUCGACUUCGAUUCUGAGUACUGGCAACGAAACCUAGAAUCACCAGUUCUCUUCCGACAAGCUGUGGUGCGACUUCUCCAAACAUCAUCAACGACAUUACACCUAGAAGUCGGACCACACUCAGCACUGGCCGGUCCCCUUAAGCAGAUCUACACGGAGAUGGCCAUCACUCCGCCUUACUUGUCCGUGCAGAAACGAGGCUCAAAUAGCACAGCAACCUUUCUUGCUGCCAUCGGCGAGCUGCACUGCCGAGGCUUCCCCGUCAAGUUUCCCAUACCCGAUGGGGCGCGGCCAUUAACGGACCUGCCACCGUACCCAUGGCAUUUGAGCAAGACCUUCUGGCCAAAUUCACGCGCAGUUCAGUCCUGGGAGUAUCCUGAACACCCACCACACGAGCUGCUCGGAUCGCGCACCUUGGAAAGUACGAGUACAGCACCGAGUUGGAGGUGUCUUCUCUCACUGGACAGCGUUCCUUGGAUUGCGGACCAUUGCGUCGGCUCGGAUGUUGUGUUCCCAGCUGCCGGGUAUAUCGCGAUGGCUGGCGAAGUCAUCCGACAGCUUUCGAGGAAGCCAUCCUACACUAUCCGUGACUUAUGGAUCGCGAAUGCUUUGGUUUUAUCUCAGGGGAGCAAAAUCGAGCUUUUCAGUUUUGUGAGAGAGGAAGAGCUCACUCACGAGGAGACUUCGGGGUGGUGGGAACUCACGAUCCAAAGUUGUACCCCAUCAGGUACAUGGACAACGCACUGCAGAUGUCGUGUCAUGGAUGGUCGCGUCUCCAAGGACCCGGACUCUGUUGGACUUGACGCAGAGUCUUUCCUUCAUUCUGUUGAGCCUGCGCGAUGGUACAAAGCCAUGUCGCGGGUGGGCUACAAAUAUGGUCCGGAGUUCCGAGGCAUGAGAAGGAUUCGUGCCAGUGCCAGAUCACCAGCUGUGUUGGUUGAAGUCUCUGAUGAAAGAGAUACGUCUGAGCAUCAGUAUCGCAAUGCCUUACACCCAGCUACGAUUGAUCAGAUGCUUCAGUCUAUCAUCGUCGCGAAACACUCUGGGGAACCUCGCUUGCUUGAAAAGCUGCAUCUGCCGACUCAUAUUGAUGAGCUAUUCAUCAGUUCAGAGGCUUCGAAUGGGACCAUCUUGCUCCAGAGUGUCAAGUCUGGUGAGGAAGGAGACUUUCAGGGUGAUUGCACCGGGACAUUGUGCGACAGUCCUGGAGAUGAAUCAGUCGUCUUCAUGAAAGGCCUUCGACUCUCCACGAUUGACCUGGAUGAUGCUGCUGUAGGUGCCACGGAUAGUUCAAAUGUUGCAUUCAUGUCCUGGGAACGAGAUAUUGAUACGGCAGAUGCCGCUGACCUGGUUUCGGCGACCUCCGACUCCUGUUUUCCAAAGACACACCAGCUACUGGAAGAACUUUUCGUACUUUGCGGCGCAGCGGCACUAAAAGAAGUAGACGAAGCAGACAUACCGGUCACCGAGACCCAAACACAUUUGACAAGGCACUACAGCUGGCUCCGAUCCCACAUCACUAGAUGCGACCCAAAGAUACUUCAACAAGAUGCUGAAGAGGUGCGUGUGAAGAUCGAAGACAUCAGUUCGAAGCUUGAGAAGACGCCUGCAUCCGCCGUGGGCGUUCUCAUCAAACGUUGUUACACACAUGCCCAAGCACUCUUCAACGGCACAGGUAGCCCUCUCGAGGUAUUCCUCAAAGACAACGCACUUCACGAACUGUACGACUGGAUGAACACCCUUUUCACCUACAGGCCUCUGUUGCAACUACUAUCCCACAAGCGAGGUCGCCACCUCAAGAUUCUCGAGAUCGGCGCCGGGACCGGAGGGUUAACUUCGCGUAUUCUCAAAGAUUUGACAGACUGUUUCGAAGAUGGCAAAGUCCUCGGGACCUAUGUCUUCACUGAUGUCUCUGCUGGAUUCUUCCCGGCAGCAAAAGAGCGCUUUCGUAACGUUGCUUCUGGGUUCUUGGACUAUCGUGUCUUGGAUAUUAGUCGUAAUCCAGCGGAUCAGGGGUUCCGCGGUGAAGAGUACGAUCUCAUCGUUGCGAGCAAUGUGCUUCAUGCCACUCCAAAGCUGAACGAGACAUUGCAACAUGCCAGAUCAUUACUGAAGCCUGACGGGAGACUCUUGAUGCAUGAGCUGUGCUGCAAUACGAAGUGGAUCAACUUCAUUAUGGGUUACCUUUCGGGAUGGUGGCUUGGCGACUCUGAUAGCCGCCCAGAGGAACCUUACAUCUCUCCAAAGGAAUGGGAGGAACGUCUGUCUCUGGCUGACUUCACAACCCCAGACUUUGUCUACGAUGCUGAGCUGCAACACAAGCUCAACGUCACCAUCAUUGCUCGGCCUGCUGUGCCCAAGGACGGUAACAACCUCAGUACACAGCAAAUUUACUUGCUUUGCGAAGAAGAGUCACAUCCAGUGGUGGCCGAGGUUGACCAAGCCUUGCGGUGUCUAGGUCACUCUGUCAUCAUUUCGACGCUACAUGCAGAUUGUAAGAACCUACAGGCCGGCAGCGUAGUCUUGUCUCUAGUCGACCUGUGUCGCGGCGACGGCUAUUUCCACGAUGUGACGGGAACCAAGCUAGAUACACUCAAGAGGCUGCUGAAGACUCUCCAGGAAACCGACUCGAGCCUACUGUGGCUUACACGACCCUGCCAACUCGGAUCGGUCGACCCGACUUUCGCUCCGGUGCUUGGCAUCGCGAGAACCGCAAGAGUUGAGAUGGGUGUACGUUGCGCUACCAUGGAGCUUGACGGUACAACUGCGGACUCUCUGCAAGCCGUUUCCCACGUCAUAAGGAGGCUUCUCUCCAAACAUGCAGCUUUGAAGUCGAACGUGGAUGAAGACAUGGAGUUCUCCUUCUCCUCGGGCCGCACCCUGAUCCCGCGAUGCAAGUGGACACCGAUUUCCCAUGCUCUUAUGUCCAAGACUCCAAUCUCCUCGACCAAGAUGUUGCAGAUCUCGAGACCCGGUGCCCUACAGACUCUCCAAUGGGUGUCUCGUCAUCUGCCUGACGACGUACCACCCGACCACAUCAAGGUCGAUGUCCACGCAGCAGGUCUUAACUUCAAAGACGUCGUCACUGCAAUGGGCCUGAUCAAACCUUCGGCCCCAAAAGGACUCGGGUGUGAAGUCAGCGGCAUCGUGACGUCCGCAGGAGCUUCUGUGACGAAUGUUCGAGUUGGCGAUCGCGUCAUGGUUUUCGCGCCCGAGGCCGCCUGUUUCUCUACGGAGAUGCUGGCCCCAGCACAACUUUGCAUCCCCAUCCCUGAUACACUUGACUUUGCUGAAGCGGCUGGGAUGCCCUGCAUAUUCAUCACAGUCCUCCGAGCCCUGGUAGAUAAAGCCAAUCUUAGGGCUGGCCAAGCAGUGCUUAUCCACAGCGCCGCCGGUGGUGUUGGCAUUGCGGCCAUCCAAGUAGCUCGUUGGAUCGGAGCCAGAGUCUACGCGACUGUGGGCAGCAACGACAAGGCAGAUUUCCUCGUCAGAGAGUGGGAUGUUCCCAAAGGGCACAUCUUUUCUUCUCGAGACGUCAGUUUCGUGGAGGGCGUCAAAGCAGUGACGGAUGGCCGCGGUGUUGACGUCGUUUUGAACUCUCUAUCAGGAGAGCUUCUUCAUGCAUCAUGGGAUUGUGUCGCUCCUCGUGGUACCUUUAUCGAGCUGGGCAAGAAAGAUACCCUAGCGGGAGGGAAACUUGCCAUGGCGGCCUUUGACGGAAAUCGGUCCUUCAUUGGCGUCGAGAUGGCGAAUCUAGCCGCUGAGGACCCCGCCGCCAUCUCUCGCUUGCUGCAACAAUGUGUGGACUUGUAUCAACAAGGUCACAUCCAACCCGUGAAGACUGCAAAGUUAUUCGCGUGUAAUGAGACUGAAGACGCCUUCCGAUACUUAUACCAGGGUACCCACAUUGGAAAGGUGGUCAUCAACAUGACCGAAAACCAUGGCGCGGCACUGAAGGUAUCUCGAGUGCCUUUGCCUCCCAGCUUCCGCGAACAAGCUACUUAUGUACUUGUUGGCGGGAUGGGAGGUCUGGGAACCACAAUAGCGCGAUGGAUGGUCUCACACGGCGCCAAAAGUCUGCUCUUCAUCUCGAGGUCCGCCGGACGCAGCAAUGACGAUCAAGCUCUGCUUUCAGAACUUCGUUGUGCAGGUUGCGAGGCUAAUGCCGUGCCAUGCGACAUAUCAGACGAGAGAGCCAUGCAAGCGGUCAUGUCAAGAUUCACAUUCUCCAAGCGGAUCGCGGGCGUUCUGAACAUGGCAAUGGUGCUUGCCGACGGUGCAGUUUCCGAUCUAACACUGUCUCAAUGGCAAACGGCGACAUCACCCAAGAUACGCGGGACAUGGAACCUUCACCGUACUUUGCCCCAUGAUGUUGACUUCUUUGUGCUCUUUGGUAGCACAUCGGGUGUGCAUGGGUACCCAGGUCAAGCAAACUACGCAGCUGCUAAUACUUUCCUCGAUGCGUUUACCCAAUACCGCCGUGGUCUGGGUCUGCCUUGCUCGGUGAUUGACCUAGGAGGCGUUGAGGAUGUGGGCUAUGUCAGUCGUACACAAGAAGUUGAAGAUGCCAUGAUAAAAUCUGGCGCCAAGUUGGUUUCCGAAGCCGACAUGCUCCGGGGUCUUCAGCUCGCCAUCGCUGAGAGUCGACCAGUGACUGCGAGCGUAGACACUGAAGCAUACUGGUCAGCCACUAAUGGCCAGCUGAUACUUGGUCUAGACUGCAAAACCUCUAUCAACGAUUCUGGCAAUCGGGUCGUGUGGAAACAUGAUCCUCGCAUGAAUCUCUACCCAAAUAUUGCAGAGAAUGAGAUGGCUUCUCGGGAAGAGGGCGGGUCAUCAGGCUUGGCUGAGUUUCUAUCCAGUCUGCAGUCGAGGCCGGAGGAAAUCGAAUCCCUAGGGUCCACAACUUAUCUCGCUCAGGAGAUCGCACGCCGGGUAUACGGGUUCCUUAUGCGGGAGGUAGAAGAAGGCGGGAUUGACACUACCCUUUCACCUUCAGCACUUGGAGUCGACUCUCUCAUGACCAUUGAGAUUCGUAGUUGGUGGAAGCACACGCUUGGUGUAGACAUAACUGUGUUGCAGCUGACCAGCGCGCAGAGCUUCGAUCAGCUGGGGCAACUUGCUGCGAGGCAGCUGACAAGCAAGAUUACCGCGUUCUCGAAGAAAUAG